GCAGAAUUUUUACUGUGUUGUGAUUGAGGGUAGAUCUCUGUUCUUAUUGUACAUGGAGUUUGUUGAACUUGAAUGUAUAGAUGAAUGCUUUCAGUAAUGGGGGAAGGCCUUUGUUAUUUCUUUGGGUAUCUUUAAAAUAUACCUUUUUUCAACACUAACUCUCCUCCUUUUUUACCUUUAAGAAAAUUGGUGGUUGGGCCGGGGAUUUAGCUCAGUGGUUCUGGCGCCUGCCGAGAAGCGCAAGAAGCACAAGAAGCACAAUAAGCACAAGCGCAAGGUCCAGAGUUCGAUCCCCGGUACCAAAACAAACAAAAACAAAAGAAAAUUGGUGGUGAGACUCUACAGGGGCAGGUAAUUCACUGGUCCACAAGCGGUCUCCUUUACGUCGAAACCAAAAGACCCCAACGUCCUUGACCAAGCUGUCUUUACAGGAUGGACAUAAAGCCAAAAAGCCAGCAUGUAAAUUUGAAGAGGGUCAGGAUGUCCUAGCUAGAUGGUCAGAUGGCUUGUUUUAUCUUGGAACUAUCAAAAAGAUAAACAUAUUGAAACAGAGCUGCUUCAUCAUAUUUGAAGACAGUUCUAAAUCCUGGGUUCUCUGGAAGGACAUUCAAACAGAUGGAAUAUUAUGCAGCUAUUAGAAGUUGUAAUUUUGAAAACUGUGAAAUGCUUUUGAUAGAAGAAAUAUUACAUAGUAUUGAUGAAAGGAAACAUCUCGUGGUGGAGAGAACAUGGAUUCUGGCACAUCUGGGAGCCACUGGAAGUGGGGAAAUGGUCUGUACAAUAUGUCAAGAAGAGUAUUCAGAAGCUCCUAAUGAAAUGGUUAUAUGUGAUAAGUGUGGCCAAGGGUAUCAUCAAUUGUGUCAUACACCUCACAUUGAUUCCAGUGUGAUUGAUUCAGAUGAAAAAUGGCUCUGUCGACAGUGUGUUUUUGCAACAACAACAAAGAGGGGUGGUGCACUUAAGAAAGGACCAAAUGCCAAAGCAUUGCAAGUCAUGAAGCAGACAUUACCCUAUAGCGUGGCAGACCUUGAAUGGGAUGCAGGUCAUAAAACCAAUGUCCAGCAGUGUUACUGCUAUUGUGGAGGCCCUGGAGACUGGUAUUUAAAGAUGCUACAGUGCUGCAAAUGUAAGCAGUGGUUUCAUGAAGCUUGUGUGCAAUGCCUUCAGAAGCCAAUGCUAUUUGGAGAUAGAUUUUAUACAUUUAUUUGCUCUGUCUGCAGUUCUGGACCAGAAUACCUCAAACGUCUACCAUUACAGUGGGUAGAUAUAGCACACCUUUGCCUUUACAACCUAAGUGUUAUUCACAAGAAGAAAUAUUUUGAUUCUGAACUUGAGCUUAUGACAUAUAUUAAUGAAAACUGGGAUAGAUUGCACCCUGGAGAGCUGGCAGACACACCAAAAUCUGAAAGAUAUGAGCAUGUUCUGGAGGCAUUAAAUGAUUACAAGACCAUGUUUAUGUCUGGGAAGGAAAUAAAGAAGAAGAAGCAUUUGUUUGGGUUACGAAUUCGUGUUCCUCCUGUGCCACCAAAUGUGGCUUUCAAAGCAGAGAAAGAACCUGAAGGAACAUCCCAUGAAUUUAAAAUUAAAGGCAGAAAGGCAUCCAAACCUAUAUCUGAUCCAAGGAUGCUUCAUCUUUGGCAGCUGCCAGAUCAUCUGAUGCCACCUGAUAAAAGAGUUCAACUUUUUAAAAAGGCAGCCUCGGUUCUUCAGCCCUACAUAGAAAUAAGCAAUGGAAUAGAAAAAAAAGGAAAGAAAAAAUCUGUAGGUCGUCCUCCUGGCCCAUAUACAAGAAAAAUGAUACAAAAAACUGCUGAGCCACCUUUGGAUAAGGAACCAGUUUCUGAGAAUCCUGCCUUGGAUUUACCUUGUUCUAUAGGGAUAACUGAGGGAACUGCACAUUCAUCCAAUACCUCGGAUAUGGAUUUCACGGGUGCUUCCAGUACAAAAGAAACUACCUCGUCUAGUAUUUCCAGGCAUUAUGGCUUAUCUGACUCCAGAAAAAGAACUCGCACAGGUAGAUCUUGGCCUGCUGCAAUACCACAUUUGCGUAGAAGAAGAGGUCGUCUUCCGAGAAGAGCACUCCAGACUCAGAACUCAGAAAUUGUAAAAGAUGAUGAAGGCCAAGAAGAUUAUCAAUUUGAAGAACUCAACACAGAGAUCCUGAAUAACUUAGCAGAUCAAGAGUUACAGCUCAAUCAUCUAAAAAACUCCAUUACUAGUUAUUUUGGUGCUGCAGGUAGAAUAGCAUGUGGCGAAAAGUACCGAGUUUUGGCUCGUCGGGUGACACUUGAUGGAAAGGUGCAGUAUCUUGUGGAAUGGGAAGGAGCAACUGCAUCCUGACUGUAGGAGUGAAUAUUAUGUUCACUGCACUCAUUUUCUGUAGGUACAGUUCAAAGCCCUAAAGGAGUCUGGCUUUUACUAUCUUUCUUAAAAAACAACAUCAUCAAAAACAAAAAAAAUAGUCACAAAAGGAGAUGAUACUAGCCUUAACAUGUACUUAUCAAUGUUAUGGAUAUUGUCAAAAAAAGAUAUCUUUUAAAAAUCAGAACAGAGACUUAAUUUUUUAAAUCAUAAGAUUUGUAGAAUGUUUCUAGGAUAGGAUAUUAAAAAAUGAAUCAAACUCAUGCAUGGUGUUAGAUAAUUUUUCUAAUUAUUCCAUUGAGUCAGUUUUUGUGAUUAGUGGUUAUCAGAGCAAACAGAUCGUGUAGAUAGCACAAGUAUUUGGAGAAACAUUGUCUGUUUUGUUAUACCAAAAUGUUGGGAAAAAAUUUAUUUCAAUACCUUUUAGAUUUCAUAAAGUGCAGUGUAUAUAAUGCCUACCGAAAGACUGUAAAAUAUUGAAAUUUUCUUUCAAGCAAAGUGUAAAAAAUAUAUUGAGCCUGUAAAUUGCUCUGUGACUAGACUUCAUUGUCGUCUUAAUAUAUUCUUUGCAUGUACAUAUAUAUACACAUUUGUGUAUAUAUAUGUGUGUGAUUAUGUGACCUAUGCAAUACAAAUUAUGGGAAUGGGCAGCUUUGGAGUAUAUAUCCCAUAAUUCUUUUUUCAGGAAUAGUUGCAGUAUUUACACAGCAGCAUUUCUUCUCAGGCUUUUAUUGGGUGCUGUUGCUUGCUAUGUAUGAAGAGAAAUGUGUCAGACAAGUUUAGUGUGUACCGAAGAAGGGUGUGAACAACAGUGUUCAUGGGCUUUUAGAAUGCUUUUCACUUUCAGUCCUUGUAACUCAGCUGUUCAAUACCUAAAACAAAUUCAAAUAAUAUCAACAUUAUUUCCUACCAGAAGUAACAUUUUCAAGUUUUCAUGGCACAUUUGAUUGUAAAUGUCUCUCGCUUAACAGUAAGUCUGUGGGAAUCAGGUGAAGAUUCCUGAAAUGUCUGUAGUUACUGUUAGUCAUGUUUGAAUAAGUGUAGUAUGAACAAAGUAUUUUAUUGCACAGGGUUAACAAACAGUAUGUUGCUAGUUGAGGCUUCUGCUGUUUUAUUACAACAUUACCUCUUGUUUUUAUAAAAUGUACCAAGAUUUAAAUUGAUAACUUUAUUUUACAUGUUUUAAAAAAAACCACUUUCUUUUAUCACCAGUGUUAGAGUUGUCUUUUGUUUCUUUUUGUUUUGUUCUGUUUUGUUUCUUAGCCAAAGAGUAAACAGAAGAAUAUUCUUAUUUUGGUGGCUGUACAUUUUACUUUUAAAAGUGAUUGGUGGAUUUUAGACAAGAAAUUGGAGAAUUUGCUGCCAAAAUGCAAAAUAUGUGAAGUGUAGUGAUGACAGAGUGGUAAAAAUGUGGGUUAGUACUUAUUUAUUCCAUUAAUUGAUUAUUUGACUGUUUAUAAAGAAAGUUGCUUUAUUUCUUUAAACAUCUUCAAAAGAUGACUUUUUCUUAUCACAUUAUAGCCAAAAGAAGCAGAGGACUUCAUUGUCUUGCAUUUGGUUCCUGGUUUACCAGGUAUAAAUGAGCUUUACAAAAGUGCAAAUCAAAAACUGUCACUUCUGUUUACCUCCACCAAAACUUGAUUUUCCCCUAGCUAUUAAUUUAAAGUUGCCUUUCUUGCAGCUGCAAUAUUUUGAAUAACACACAGAGUUUGUGUUGAUUUUUUGAAUGUUUGUUUAUAUCUAGGGGUAAUGGAAAAUGUAAAUCCCGUGUACACUCCACCUGUAUCAUAUUAUUUCAUUUUCCCCAAAGUCCUUUAAUUCUAACUGAACACCAGCAGUAUUUUUAGUAACUCUUUAUUUACCAUACUUGGAAUAUGAUUUACCAAGCUAAACUGUCUUUAGACGUAAUUAUUGUGAAUGUCUGUUUUAUUUUAUCACGGUGGUUCACAUGGCUCUGAUGUUCAGUUUGUAUUUUUGGAAUUGCUUUACUUAGAAUUAAAACAGACCAACAUUAAAUGUGUGUAUUUUUUAAAGA